UAGGUUUUUGCAGGUGCUUAGUUCGUUUGCAGGUGUUGGGUUCGAUUUUUCAAUUUCGAAUGUUAGGUUUUUGCAGGUGCUUAGUUCGUUUGCAGGUGCUGGGUUCGAAAUCGAACCCAGCAAGCGGUGGGUUUGAGCAGCCGCUGAGUUCCUGCAAGUGAGGUUCUGGGUUUCGUUUCGAACCCAACAGCCGCUAGGUCAAAUAUCUAUUGAGUUUAAUCUGUUGAUUUGUUGUGUUAUCUUUGAAUUUAAUAUUAGGAGUUAGGGUUUGCAGAAGGUUAAAAGAAAGGGAGAGGAAGAAGAAAGGGAAAAAGGGAAAACAAACAAAGAAAAAAAAAAAGGAAUAACAAAUAUUUUUAAGAUUU